AUGAGUCAAUUAAAAGUGCUUUUUGGACUUGAAAUAUUACAAGAGACGUUGAUAUGGAAGCCAUCAGUGAUCACGCAACUAAUCGAUUUUGUUGAGCAUAAGCUAAGUUUAUUUGACAAUCAAGCAAAUUUUGAUCCUGAAUUUGAAAAAAAGCGUUGUAACUUGGUGGGUUAUCUAUCAAAACGCAUGGUAAAUGAUAAAUCAAAAGGUGAACCGAAAAAUGGGCUAGCGAUCUCUCUACUAAAGCUGUAUUUUUCUUCAGACUUCUUUUUAUCAGAGGUUGGAUGGUCCAAUUAUGAUGGUCGUGUUGAGAUUCGUAACAAUCUCGGACAUAUUUCUCUUUUGACGUCAUUAAAGCACACACCGAAGGAAUUUACACCAAUUUAGAUGCUGCAAAAAAAUUUAUUCACUCCGCAAUCCGCUUUUUUGAUGAAGACCACAAUGAAAUUGUUCGUAAAAUGAAGAAAGCUGAUUCAAAA